AUGGCACCGCGAGCUUCUAGCUGGCCGACCCACAAGAAAACAAAGUCGAACAUGCGAAGCAACGAGUGGGACGAGUGGGACGACAUGAGUGGUAUCGAGAUGGGCAAAGAAAUGGGUCGGUCUACACUUCGUCGUCGGCCUUGGGUGCCCCUUCGAGGAGGAUCUACGAUGUCAUCAGCCAACGUCCUGCGGAAAGCAGGAUGGAUUAUCUUUGGCUUAGUCCUGACGCUAUUGCUCCUGCUGCCUACGAGCCGAGAUCUGGAUGCCUAUCGAGUGUCCCGAAAGCUUUACAGUGACUAUCCCGAGUCCGAGGACUCCAGAAUGCCAAAUAUCAUCAUCGAUUUCUCUAUCAGCGAAACAGGCGGCACGGCAGAUAAUAGUUGGCCGGCGGAGGAGGGUGCCUCGAAGACAAACGACCCGCAGGACUUGCCUCCGUCAAAUGAGCUCGUCACCUUCGUCAGUCAAGUUGAACCGACUGGACACUCGAAAUCCAGCUACUCCGACAGCGAAGACCGUCUACGUGCAUGGCUGCAAGCACCUGGCUCUAGGAGCGAAGCUGAGCUCGAUCGAUACAAAGUCUGGAAUCUCGAGCAAUGCGGAGCGAUCGAACUUCAGGAGAAGCCAAUGUCUGGCAGUAGACGACCCAGAGAGUUGGAACAUACUGUCGUCGAGCAGCGUCGGAAACAACUGAUUGACCACAUCGACGAUGCCUACGGUGAAGGUCUGGUAGAGAUGUCGGGCAGCGGCCGAGGUAUCAUCAUGGUCGCAAGCGAUGAGCACGAUAUUGGUCGCGCCAAGCAAAUCGUUGAGCUGUUAAGAGAUCACAGCAGCUCGCUGUCGGUUGAGAUUUGGUGUUCUGAUCUGGAUCGACCAGAUUCCGAGGACCCAAUUCAUCAGCAAUUGAGAGAAUUGGACGCGAUCAUUCUUCCAAUCCAGGGAUCGAAGAAGAUAGCCGGCAGAGACCGGUCGCAUGUUAUCAAAGCAGCUGCUAUCAUCCAGUCGAAGUGGCAGGAGGUUCUCUACCUUGACUUGACUUCCGUGCCUGUACGUGAUCCAGAAUACAUGUUCGAAGCGCCAAACUACAAACGUCUCGGCUUUUGGGCCGGCCCAAGGCAGUGGAAGACUUCUGCAUCUAACCCGAUAUGGUCUGUCAUCGGAGAACAGUGUCGGAAUGAAUGGGAGAUGGAUACAUCGCAAUUCUUCAUUGAUAAAUCGAAGCAUAUGGACACCAUCGUAUUAGCGGAGGCAAUGCUUGAGCACGAUGAUUUUCUGAAGCUUGGGCAGUGGGCCCAAUUCUCUGACGAUCCAACCGACGCCAUGCGCUGGGCAUUAUUGGCUUUGAGGAAGCCGUGGGCUGUUCCUGGACGAUGGAUUGGAGUCGUCUCAGCCAAGCCCGAAAUUGAGAGUGGCGCGAGUUGCGGAAUCACAACACUGCAGUAUGAUUCGUGGGGACAGCCAUUGUUCCUGCGUCUGGACGCCGGGUUCAAUGGCGAUCUGUCUGCCGCUCGAACAAGACAGGUUCCUCUGCGCAUGGAUGAGCUUCUCGGAGAUGUCGAUUCUGACAUGCUCCUGGAUGUAGAUGAUUUUCGGAGAGGCAGGGCCUUGGGCAAUGAUGCGACGAAGUCCGCAUCAGUGGGAGAGCUCAACGUCGGAGUGAUGCGCGACGCUAAUGAGAAGUGCUUUGACCUGAUCCUCCUGAACAGCCCAAUCGCCAACCAAGAAAUCAGCGCAAACCGCGAUUCUAUGGUUGACGAUGCAGAAGAGAUAGACGAUGAGGCUAGCGGAAGCUGGCGCUCCAUGUCUGGCUCAACUUCCUUCGAGUACCUACAGACCGAAGAGUGGGACGACGACAUGUUCUUGAAGGGUUUGAGCAAGAAGCUUCGGGACACGGGAUUCUAG